UUCUUAAUAAAUCCAGCCCUCUUAGUGCAAGGAAGGAUUUCAGGCGCAGUAUCUCAACUCCCAAUGACAGGGACAAGAAAGCUGAAGCAGUUGAAGGUCCUAGUGUAGCAGUCCCUCGUGCUGAUGAUGAAGAUUUCAUGGCCUUCUUCAGCAAGUCAUCAGCAACAGAGACCGUACAGUCACCCGAAGAUGGUGUGCCGAGUCUUGGAGAUGCAGACUUCGACCUUAUAUCAGAAACCGCAUCUCAGCUUGUCGUGAAGCGCCGUAGUGUUCGGGUGACGAGACGGCAAGCCACUUCCAGGAAUCCACUUAAGGCCUUGGCUGCCCGAGAGGAUAUCAAGUCGGAGUACACAGAGGUCAAGUUGGGCGUUGGUGAGAAGGAACUGAAGAGGAUGAAGGUGGAAGAACUGUCGAAAGGAUCCUCAUUAGCAGUAGAGGCACUUGCUGGACUGGCAUCAAAGGAGAACUUUUCUGCUGUGGCCCUAAAGAAGGUGGAGAACAAUCCUGUGGUACGAGAGAUGGCCCCAUACACGUCGCUUAUGUUGCUACAAGUCAAGGGCCGACGUCAUGCUCAAACUAGAUUAGUGAAGCCUUCUGUGUCAUGUGUUAAUCAGGGAGAUGAUUUUAUCCUUAUAACACCCACAGAUGUUUUCCACUAUAAAGGAGAAUUUGCUAAUGUGAUAGAGAGAGCCAAAGCCUCAGAAAUUGCCCAGUAUAUAGUCCAGAAGAAGGACAUGGGAAUAGGUUCUGCUGUUCGGAAUGUGAUAGAGCUUGACGAAAAUUCACCUGGUGGCAGGAAGGCCAAAUUCUGGAGACUGCUUGGUGGAGAUGAAACAAGUUCAGGGCUGUUAUGUGGCACGCCGGAUGAGGAUGAAUUAAUUGAAGCAUCCUUGGUGGCUGCAAAUAAAGUUUAUGAGGUACAGGAAGACUCACUGGUUCCAAUUGCUGACUCUUGGGGCCAGAUGCCAAAGAUAGAGAUCUUGCAAUCAGAUAAGGUGCUAGUGUUUGACUUCGGUCCAGAGCUGUACAUUUGGGCAGGAAAACGUGCUUGUGGAGAUGAGCGAAAGGUUGGGCUGGCUCUCGGAAGGGAACUGUGGGAAGAAGAAUAUGAUUAUUCUGAAUGUGAUAUUAACCCCAUAACACCGAUGGUACCUCUCUCUCAGGCUGCACUCAAAGGUAUACGACCAGAGUGGGGUCUUUGUGCCAAGCUUACAGAGAACGUUGAAACUAUCGUCUUCAAAGAAAAGUUUAUCGAUUGGCCUGACUUAGCCCAACAGUCCCGCAUCAAGGAGGUCAAGAAAGAUAUGGAUCGCCACGUAGCGCCAGUAUGUGAAUUGCAGCCGUGUGAUGCACGGGUGAUGCUAGAGGAGCUUCCACCUGAGCCUGAUCUGGUGCUGGAGAUGAGUCACUUGGGACGCGGUGUGGAAUACUACGACGAGGAGGAGCGUCGCCUUCUGAACAUCUCGACAAAUGAUUACAAGAUCUGGCAUGUGUCAGAAUACGGCAAAGUGCUCAUGGAUGAGAAAGCCCGCUAUCAUCUGCAUGAAGGGGACACAUAUGUUGUCCGCUGGUAUUACUUGAUCACAGCAACUGGUAGGACUCUCAAGGGUGAGCCAUCCAAGCACAACGUGACUGGCAGAUCACGUGUGGCUUACUUUUUCUGGCAGGGCAAAGACAGCUCUGUAUCAGAUAAGGGUGUUUCAGCUCUCAUGACAGUAGAAUUAGAUGAAGAGCGUGGACCUCAUGUUAGAGUCUCCAUGAACUCUGAGCCACCAGCCUUCCUUAACCUCUUCCAAGGAGGCCUCAUCAUACACAGAGGUCGACGUGAUGAGGAACAGAAUAAUCAGAAUUGGAAGUUGUUCAUCGUCAGGGGAGAUUUGGAGAAUGAAGGCCAUCUUGUGGAAGUAGAAGUGAAUUCCAGCUUUUUACGAUCAAGAGGUUGUGUGGUUCUUCUCAACACCAAGACAGGCAUCAUCCAUAUUUGGCAUGGUGCUAAGGCACUAAGGCAUACACGAAAGGUUGGUAGUAUAACAGCACAGAAGGUCGUAGAGACUUCUGACAGUGAGAUGGGAUGGACUCCAGGUAUCACAAAGAAACUCAAAGAACAGUUUGAAGGUGCCGAGUCUCGAGACUUUUGGGAAGGAUUUGGAGGUUCCUCGGCUAAAAAUAAGCAUUUCUCCCUCUUGGAGGAUGAACACUCCUAUGACUGGACUCCUCGAGUAUGGCACAUGGUAGCAACACAUGAUUCCUUCCAAGCUAAUGAGGUUAUAUGCUCAUACCGGGCUACAGCAGUCCCUAACCCUUUGCCAGUUCUACAAUCUGACCUUUACUCAGUGGCCCAGCCAGCCUUAUUUGUGGUUGAUGGAGGACACAGAGUGUGGGUGUGGCAAGGAUGGUGGCCUGAUGAGUCAGUUGAGGGUCAGGACUCUAACACAACUGGCUCUGCAGUUUUGCGGUUUAACUUUGCACGUCGAGCUGCACUUGAAACAACCCUGAAUUAUUGUAAGCUUAAGGCAAAGGCACAAGCCAAGGCCUUGGCUGCAAAGAGUUACAAAAAGAUUGAGGUUGAGGUGGAUGUAGUGGAGCCACAGUUGGUGGUUGCAGGGAUGGAGCCAUUAGAGUUCACCAAUAUUUUCCCUACGUGGACACCCAGACCUGAUGUGACUGCCAUUCAGGAGAAGGAGGGUCGGUGGAAUGAUGGCGGUCAGCACUCAGUGUCUGACAUCUUGGCCCAGCUCUCUCGCACCAACUACUCUUUAGCUGAGCUGACUACCAAGCCUCUGCCUGAUGGUGCUGAUCCCUUACAUCUGGAAGUUUAUCUUAGUAAUGAGGAAUUUGCUGAGGCACUUGGUAUGAGCCGGGACGAGUUUUACAGUCUUCAGAGCUGGAAACAAACUGAUAUUAAGAAAAAAGCUAACCUCUUCUAAGAAUGCUGUAUUAAAAAAAUGCCAUAUAUGUCUAGCAUUCUGGGUUAAUGCUCAUAAGUGAAUCUCAGAUUUUGAUUUUCUUUUUCAAGAAGUAGUCAUUUUAGUGAUUGAAUAUGGAAGAUAAAAAAAAAUGCUGAUAUGUUCAUAAUGAUUCAUCCUGAAUUGCCAGUAAAAGUAUGUUAGUCAAUACAGUAUAUAUAUUUUUAUCAUACAAUAGAGAAAUUAUUUGUUGUAUAUAAAAUUGUGUAUAAAGAAAAUCUGAUGCUCUUCAAUACAUCUCAAUAUGGUAAGGUGCUUUAAAUCUUCUAUGUGGUGUGACAAGGUGUGAAAUUUUUGCUAUUAUACCAUUCUGCUGUUCUUCCAUAUCAGUUACAAAAUAGCAUUAACUUUAUUUCUCUAUUUUGUGGAAAUGUUAUCAACACAAGCUGUGAGAUAGUCAAGAGGUCUAAGUCACAUUAGGCAUCUUCUUUGACUAGUGACAUUUGUAUUCAUUGGGAGUUUGGUGAGGGAGAAACAGGGUUCUUGGCUAAAAUGCCUCAUCCAUCCCUGCCUUUCCUGCUUCUUUCAUCUGCGGCGAUUGCUCUAUGUGCCUUUCCACAUGCUAACAUGUAUUUGUCUGCCAAAUUUUAGUGUCUUCUAAACAUUACAAUGUAGGAGCCCUGGAAACAGUCCAGUGCCACACCUACUUUCUAGAUAUCUCCAAGCAGCAGCCAUAUCCAGAAAUGGUCUGGCUUAUCCAUGCUUUGCCAGCCACAGCUAAGGGUGUCCUGGUAGAAUAUCAGUCCACCAGAUAUUAGUUUAAAGAUGCACAAGUCUUAGAUAUGGCAUUUUAAUCACUCUUGUGUUGCGUGACGUGAUGUUUGUGCCUUGUUCUUACCUUGGCUCUUCUUAGUGAAAGUUCCACAUGACUGCUGUGUGUUAGUCAAACCAACAUGAGUCUAGUCCCAGUCCUGGUUUAUGAGGGGUAUCGGGGUUGUGGGUCCCAAUUCUAGUAACAAAAAGUGGAAAAAGCAGUCUUGAAUGUGUCAUUUAGGCAUUUUGUACUUACAAGUACUUUUGAAAAAUAAAUCUAAAGGAAAUACAAACAGCAAGCAUUGAAUUGGGAAUUUGGAUCUUGGUGAACAAGGUAUGGAGAUGAGCGCGCCUCGACCUCCUUACAAGUCUUCGGUAAAUGAAAAGAUUCAUACCUGUAGUAUCCAUAGGCCAAUGGUGGGUUACUGUAUAUAAUGGAUGCAUUUGUAUCAUCUAUUUUAUGCUGAUCUUAAUGGAUAUUUCCAGUGUCUAUGCUAAUGCAACUAAUUAUACAAUGAUCAUGUAAAUACAAGGAGCCUCUUUUGUAAUUUUGCUACUUUAUGACGUGUACAGACUGUAUCCCAUUUAAGUGCCAGAUAUGAGUGGAUCUUCUGGCACAGUUAAGCUUAUAGAAACUUGUAACGUUAGGUUAGUGAUUCUCAUGUGUGCAACUUGAUAGCUUGGUUUUGUGAUAUCUUUUCAUUGUGAAUAAAACCAAGUGAGAAAAUUGUUUUUCACUCUCAGUUCAACUGACCUUAAAAUUUUGGUUAAAUUGGAGGUCUUAGCUUUAUAUGCAGUGAUUUAAACUUACUGGUCUUGAAUAUUGUAUAGUGAUUCUGUUUAUUUAAUAUUUCUGUUAUAGAGAAAUUAUUAUAUAGUAGCUGUUCCUUUCCCUAUUUUGUAACACUUGAUUCUCACAUGACUGCAUCAAGCCAAAUUCCCAUUGGCAGUCAUUACGUCAGUUUGUUUUUCUUAUCAUUUGAGGGAGUACUUAAUUUAUCUUCAUCUAAAGUUAACAUUUAGGGGUCCAAAUCUUAUAUGUUAAUGCUUCUCAGCAGGACUUGUGCAUGGAAUUAGAUUUUUUUUUCUUGAAAUAUAUCCCUCAAGGUCUGUUUAAUGAUCAGCCAAUUAACCCUUACACACAUUACAGACUGUACUGGCCGUGCAGCGUAGUUGUGACCCAACAUAAUAUUAUCUUAGCACAGCCGUUUUUGUAAUUAAUUUACCAUAUUUCUUCUUUAAUCAUAUUUGAAAUGUAAAUAGAAUAUCUCAAUGUAAUUUAUGCUAAAUACACAUGUCUUUCCAUUUA